AUGAGCGAACCAGACAAGCCCCAAAUCUAUCCUCGAUACUGUUUUCACCUUGCACCCACUGUGAAUCAAUGGUGUCCUUUCCGUGUGACCGAUGUCCACGGCCUUGAUCAGCACACCGGCUUCGAAGGUGAAAACUUCUACUUUUAUGGAAAUCUACCGAUCAAAUGGGUGCGCAUAGUCGGCUUAGUCGUCGCCAUUGACGAGUUCACGGGUAGACGCGUCUAUACCAUAGACGACAGCAGCGGCGCAUGCAUCGAGUGCACUGUGAAGAUGCCUAUGUUAUCUGGAGGAACUGGCAACACGACUACAUUAGGAGAUGCUGCUUCGAAGAAAGCGGACGCAAAUCCGCCGCUACCCACCGAUCCCUUUCCGACCAUUGACGUCGGGUGUGUUGUCGACAUAAAGGGGGGUCUUUCCAGCUUUAGAGAUGAGCGACAGCUCACUAUCGAAAAGAUGCUUGUUGUACGGAGCACUCAGCAAGAGGUUGCGCUCUGGGAAAAGAGGGUCAGAUUUCAGUCCGAGGUUCUCGCCAAAUCGUGGGUCCUGCGAAAAAGCGAAAUUCGCAGAUGUCGCCAUGAAGCUGAGCGAAGCGAAGAGGCAGCAGAAAGAAGACGAAAACGGAUGAAGGCCACGACCGGGUCUCACUCGGCCAAGCAAGCAUCAAGGUCAGAGGAGCAGAGUGAAGGGAGAGCCAAGCGGGAGCCAAGCAAAGAAACACGCCUGGACUUGCGGCAGAUUCUUGAACAAGGCGGAAGAGGCAAAUACAAUGCGCUGGGAUUAUGA